GCUGCGCCCGGGGAGCAGUUUGGGGGUUCGGUGCCUUGCUCAAGGGUCUCACCUCAGUCGUGGUAUUGAGGGUGGGAGAGAGCACUGGUCAUUCACUCCCCCCACCUACAAUCCCUGCCGGACCCGAGACUCAAACCCACGACCUUCAGGUUCACCUUCGGGUUGCAAGUCCGAAGGUGAUGAGGGGGCAUUAGAGAAUCCAGUAGGCCACGACUGCCCCUCAUCAGAAAAAAACUUCCGUCUUGCCAUCCUACCCCGUAGCCCAGAAAUGACGAAUUCGGGAGGUUGUUGUCACAUGUAGGGAGCAAAAAGUACUUGCCAGAAAUAGCUGCAAUUCUUUUAAUGCUGCUGUAGACCUCUUGGCAGCCUCCCUCUCAGAUUUCUCCUGGUGUUCUCAUCAAUUUUAGAGGGACGUCCUGUUCCUGUAAUGUCACUGUUGUGCCAUAUUUUCUCCACUUGUUGAUUACUGUCUUUACAGUGUUCCAUGGUAUAUCCAAUGCCUAAAAAAAUUUUUGUAACCCUCUCCUUAUUGAUACUUUUUAGCAAUGAGAUUCCGUAACUGCUUUAUAAGCUCUUUUCAGCCCAUGGCUUUUCCAGUUGGAUGUUACCAAGAUGAUCUAAUGAAAAUCCUAUAGAAACAGCUGUACUUUAUUUGGGGUUAAGAAAUAAUUUAAUUGAUGGCAGGUGUAUACUAAUUAGUAUUUAACAUUAGUUUGAAUGUGAUUGGUUGAUUGUGAACACUGCCACUUUCCCAGUUAUAAAAAGGUGUGCACACUUAUGCAAGCUGGGUAUUUUUAAGUUUUUUUGUUUUUCUUUUUUUCUCUGAAAACAUUUCUGGUUGUUCAUCACUUGCAUGCUGCAAUUUCACAAUAAGGUUAAAAAUGUUCUGGUUUAACAUGGUUUAACUUAGUUCCAUUCUUUUACAUCACAAAAACCUGCCAUUUCAAUGAAUAGGGGUGUGUAGACUUUUUAUGUGCACUUUAAUGCACCAGUAUUUUUAACUUGUCAUACUUACUAGCUGAUUUGAAGUACUAAUUAUACAAUAAAAAAUUUUGUUUUGAACAGAUUGAGUAGUUAGGUCUUUCUCACAUUUCUACUCCAUUCACCUUGAUCACUGAUUAUUCUAUGUCAAAAUUCAUUACCUUCCCAUCUGGAAGCACAACAUAAAAAACCCCAGAGGAACAUUGUCUUUGGCAAAACUGUAGAAUAAUGAGGCACAAGUGGUUUCCCAUAUGAUUUUUCAGGAUAUUGUGAAUAAGUUGUUCUUUACAUAUUGCAACUGAAUACAUCUAGGAAGGUGUAUUUAGUAUUCAGUACUGAACCAUCAAUAUUAUUCAGCCCAACCCUGUUCAGUAACUACGGUUAAAUGAAUAGGAAAGGUAUGUAGAAAGUCAGUACCCACAAACAUGUCCUGAGAGUUUAAAGCUAUUUAAAGCAAAUAAUGCUUCUAGUCUAAGAAUUUAGGAACUUUUUCAAUAGGUUUCAUUUCUCUUGGAAUGUCUGGAACUCAGUUCACCAUGUGAGAAUAAUGAGGGUGCUUUCAGAGUGAAACUGUUGAUUAUCUGAAAGAUAAGAUCUUUGCUAAUCUAAAAAUCUGAAAAUCAAGAGGUGAGACAUUGCUCUUCUUUAAACACUUUUGCCAUGAUUAGAUGAAAUAAGAGGAUUUCCGCAACAUUAACUAAAGUCAACUUGAUAUAGCCAAUGACUUGGUUACUGUAUCAGCUAUUGAUUUGCCUUUAUUACAACAAUACCUCCAUCUUGUGGCCAGAGACCUUAGGCCUUUAGUCUUCUAGCUGUUUACACAGCACUACACAUAUACUGCACAUGCAUCCAAGUAAAGCCAAACUCUCAGCAAUAUGCAAUUUUAAGGAAAGAUCUAUACAGAUGUGAGGAAAAAUACAGAUAUUAUCAGAUUACAAAUGACAGUAAUGUUAUACAUGAGCUUUAUUUGUGAGUGUCAGUCAUAAUAUCAGCUUCACCUCAUCCUACUAGUAAAUUCUUCAUCUGAAAGCAUAUUAUUUGGUAAUUGUAAUUAGGAAGGUGCUGGAAUCUAGAUCUAGAUCUGUCAUCUGGUCCUGGAGGUUUAAGGGGUUAAUAGCAUGAAGAAGUGAAAGACUGGAAUUAGGAAUUCAACCUUUAGUCUUCUUUCCCACAGAUUACUGAUUGGUAUUCAUCACCCAAUCUGUUUAAGCUAUGUAUACACACCAAAGCUGUCUGCAUAUUCAUGAGUCCUCAGACAAAGUUAGAGAGAACAGUGAACGUCAAAAGUCAAAAACCCCCACACUUCUUUCUCAGAAAGUCAUGUUUGUGCAGACAUGUGAAAGGCUCUAUCAAAAUAGCCUACUUUAUCGCUUUUCCUCCACUUUGUGCUGAGUUAAACUUGGUGCUAUGAACGCUAAGAGAAGCAGUCAAGCAGACAGGGUGGUGUGAACUCUGUGUGUGUGUGUGUGUGUGUGUGUGUGUGUGUGGAGUCAGUGACUUUACUGUGAUCAGAAAAACAUCUAACCAGCUGCUUUCACCACCUGUCAUUCAGACACUCCCAACAUCAGAUUUCACAGCAUAGCCACACACACACACACACACACACACACACACAAACACACAUGUUCACAUACACACUUUUGCUCUGACUGAGAUGCAUGCCAAAGAGAAAUAUUUUAGUUGUAGAACUAUAUGUAGUAGAAAAUGUCAAAUCCGUCACACAUAUUAUCAAACUUCUCCAACUAAAAGGAAAUGAUCUACUAGGGUCAUUUUACACAUUUACACUUUUGCAAUAGUAGAAUUUUAUGCACAGCCUAGCUUUCAGUUCCAGCAUCAUUAAAGUGCUAAUCUCAGGAGAGUUUUUGGCAUUCAUGUCAUGAUUGAUAUGAGUUGAUGGUCAGUGUUAUUCAAAGAAAUAAAGCCUACUUGCUGGUGUAGCUAUUGGAAUUUAAAUUUCAUUUCUCAGAAGAAAGACUGCACAGAUGUUUGCAAUUUUUUAAAUUAAGGGUCUAAGUUAUAUUUUGCCACAGAUAUUAAGUCACCAAGUGCAGAUGUUAAAACAAAGACCAGAUCUGAAAUCUCUUGAAGUUGCUUUUACGGAGUAAGUUAGGCAUAACCUUUUGAUGUUUUGCAUUACCAUGUUGGAAAAACAAAAGGGAUAAAGUUCUGUAAAGUCAUCUAAAGUCUUCUAAAGUUCACCCAUAAUAAUGUAGUUAUGAAGCCAAAAACCAAAAUAUCUCAGGUUAUCAGACAGAACUUAGUGCAAAGCGUUGUAUACCCUCAGGACUAUAUGAAUACAAAGAAAUGUAUGUUUCCCUUUCCCAAUGUGACAUAAUUAUUCCCUAAUAACCUGGAGACCCAGCCUUCACAUUAUAAUUGUGUCUCCAAUCUGCUUGGUAUCCUCAGAACAGCUUUUGGAUCCUCUCAGUCGAAAAUUACAUGAUUUGUCUGUUCUAACUCCAUGUCAGGUUACUAGCCAAUCCUUGUAAAUUCUUCUUGACAUACCCGUUAUAACUCUGCCAGAUGUCAUGCAUUGCCUUCUUUGACUUCUUUCUUUUGGUUCUUUUCAGUUGUUUUUAUCUGCUGAGUUUCUGCUGUUUUUUUUUUCUUUUUCUGCUGAUGUUGCUUUAUGCUUUGGAUUACUGUCUUGUUACAGUAUACACACAUUUAAUUUCAUUUUGUUUAUUUUUAAUUUUUUUUAUGCAUAGAUACUGGGAUUAAAUGUUCUGCACUUAACUGAGUGUCUUUAAAUUACAAAUAUAGGGGCUUUAUUCAGAGUUGGCAAAAGUUAUGUCAAUAUUUACACACGGAAAGUUUUGCAUACUCUGAGAUGGGCUACCCACAUGCUUAAGAUCAUUUUAUGGGCUCCUAAUUCAGAUUAUGCAAAAUACCUAUGCAAAAUACUUCACACCAGAUUAUUCUCCAAUAUGCCUUCCAUCCUUAUUACUCUGCAUCUUAUAAAAUAGCACUUGAUCCAGCAUAUCCGAUUAAUUUGCAUUUUUAUACUGCAAAAACAGAUACCUGUGCAUACAAAUUAAUGAAGCCCCAAGAUAAUAAAUCAAGGUCAUGAAAUCUUUAUCGUGCUUUUUUCACUAUUUUGAGUUGUAGAAUUAAUGUAACCAUGCCAUUGUUUUUUUUUUAUUUGAUAUUUUGAUUUUUAUAAAGAAAAGUGCCCAAAGAGAAACUGACCAAGCACCCAUCUGCUAUGCUUAUAUCUCACUUUAAGUUAAAUUAAUAUUAUUAAUUACUAUGAAUUAAUAAUGUCAUAUUUAUGUAUUUAAUAUUGGCUUUGAUUGGAAUUCCUUUUUUACUGUAUUUACAUCCCAAAGCAUACAUUUCAGUAUGAUAUUGUGGUGACACAAAACUGUAUGACAGUGGCACCAGACUCUCAAUCCAAUAUCUUGCAAGAAACUGCACUUAAGUUCAAUUUAGAAUUGCACAUAACUGAGCCAUGCUUUUGUUACUCUGCAUGUGUAACACUCAUUCAACUUCUGAAUGGGCCUUAGGUCCAGAGCAUGUCUGAGGUCUGAAUACUGUUGUGCGCAAUUUGAGUAUAAAAUCUUCACUAUGCACGCAUCACUCAACUCUGACUAUGCCCCUAGGAAAAUAAACUCAGACUGUGUGUUUGUUUUGCCAAAACUCCAAGGACAUAGUAAGUCUGAACUGUAAAUGACAUUAAUUGGCAUCAAACAUAAAGGUAAUCUUUAAGAUAAUAAUUCCCACUGACUGUUGCAUUUUUAAGACAUUUGAGAUUGUCUUUAACAUGCAUUAUCAGCUUCCAUUAUAUACCAACAUACAAUUAUAUAAAAUCAGUUUACAUAAUCUUAGAUAAAAACAAUCUAUCAGAUAAAAACAACAUCAUAUCUGGGUACAACAUACUCAAAUCUGUUUGAAAAGCCCAAUUACUACAGUAAUGCUUUUUUGGUUUAAAUCAUAAAGUGCUCAUGUGGGUCAUUGCUAUUGGAUAAGGUCAGGCUAUAAAUAUGCUCAAUUCAGGUGGCUGUUGUGUGUGUGUGUGAGGGAAAGAAAUCUGUGGAGGCAUGAUGAGGUGUCUGAUACUCGGUCUGCUCUGUCUGGCUCUUACUGAGGGACUCGUCAGAGUUCCUCUUGUUAAAAAGAAGACCAUAAUGAAGGAAAGGGGUCUCCUCAAAGAAAUGUUGAAGUACUCACAGUACAGCUCUCAGCAAGGUUACACUGAGAGCCUGAUCAACCAAUAUGAUAUGGCUUAUUUUGGAAAAGUUGGUAUUGGAAGCCCUCCACAGUACUUCUACCUCCACUUUGACACCGGCUCCAGCACUCUGUGGGUCAAUUCUGUCUACUGCAACAGUGAUGCCUGCAAUAGUCAUCCUCUCUUCAACCCAAGCAAGUCUUCCACAUUCACCAGCAAUCAGCAACCAUUUUCAAUCCAGUAUGGAACAGGCAGUGUCCAGGGGUUCCUUGGCUACGACACCAUCACAAUGGGUCAGCUGUCUGUCACAAACCAGAAGAUUGGUUUAAGCACUUCAGAGCCUGGUGAUCAUUUUGCAAGGCCUCUGCAUGAUGGACUCAUGGGUCUGGCCUUCAGGCCUCCUAAUUACCAGACCAUUGUGGACACCAUGAUCCAAGAGGGUGUUAUUGAGGAGCCGAUCUUUGCUUUUUACUUAAGCAGUGACUCUGAGAGUGGAAGUGAGGUCGUGUUUGGUGGAGUUGAUCCCUCCCAUUACCAAGGUCAGAUCAACUGGGUUCCUGUACAACAAAACAGCCACUGGCAACUGGUCUUUGAAGGUUUUGAGGUGAAUCACCAGUCAACAGGAUGGUGUGAAUCUGGAUGUACUGCUAUUACAGACACAGGAACAUCACUGCUGCUGUGCCCACCACAGUAUGUAGACACUCUCCAUCAAAUGCUGGGAGCCCAACAGGACAGCAAUGGCAAUUAUGUGUUCGACUGUAAUGCAGUGAGCAGCCUUCCCCCACUGACGUUCAUUAUGAAUGGAGCUCACCUGCAUUUGCCGGGUACUGCAUAUGUGCUUCAGGAAGAAGAUUCUAACUCAAACUGUCUGAGUGGCAUUGGGUCAUCACAUGAGGAGUACAGAAAUGGUUAUCCUUACUGGAUCCUGGGUGAUGUCUUCCUCAGGCAAUUCUACUCUGUGUUUGACCAAGGAAAUGCUAGAGUGGGAUUCGCUAACUUAGCAUAGAGUUAUCCAACACACUCUAUAGCAUCAUGAAGUCAUAAUGAUUUCACAAUUAAAAAAAAAAGAAUAAACUCAUCUGUGGUUAAAUGUCUAAGACAUGGUCUUUGUCUUUUAAUUUAUUACAAAAACAAUUCCACGUUUUGGCCAACUAUGUGAAAACCUUUUUUUUUUUUUUUUACUUUGCAUCGUUUAAUCUGUUUUAACUCUGCAAACAGGUUUCACAAAAGUGUAUCAGGUUUAAGAUAGCAGUAGAAGGGGCAAUUUGAACAAUGGAUGAGUAGUGCAGUUUUACUUUUUCAACUAAAAUGUAAUGUAUGCUUCCUCUAAAUCAUGUCACAUUUUAAGGUUUUUAAGAUUUUUAAGGUGUGCUUAUUUUUAUCAAACAGAACAUUAUAUUUAUGGCAGUAUAGGACCUACUUCUCCUUCCACCAUGUCUACAGAUCCUUUAUCCAAAGCUUUAUCCAAAGCAUGACAAAAGAUAAGCCAUAAACAGAGCUGAAAGGAAGUAGUACUACAGUAACUUGUAUAAUAUGCUAAGACAUAUUAUAGCAGUAGCUCAUACUGCAGGCUAAAUGAGGCAGAUUUACUGGCAAUUUGUUCGGGCGUCUUAGACUAAACAAUCAAAUUCUUCAAAAUGCCACAUGAAACCUCAUUCAGACCAACAUCAGAAUAAAAUAUCUUAAUAGAAGCAUGAGGAAAUAAUGAUGAAUGAAAGACACCUGUGGAAAGAAUACAGCUUCCUAGUAUUUUACCAGUUUAUUGAAUGGUGUUGAUCCUCAAAGCUGUUUAAACUAUGUAUACACACCACUGCAGUCUGAAUAUUCAGACAACAUGACAGUCUAUCAGCCAGGCAGGUGACUGAGGUGGUCAGAGGGUGUGUGUGUGUGUGUCAGUCUGUGACUACUGUGAUCAUACACUGACCCUGGAACAGCAUCUAAACUGCUGCUUUCACCACCUGUGUCUCUGUCACUCCACACAUCAGCCUGCACACUCUGCACACUUACUGAUGCACAACAACCUCUCCUACAUUUAGCUCACCACUCUUGGGUCAUUCCCAAGAGAGAGCAUCAAAGGUCUAAUCUCAGGACUGUUUUUCUCUUUUAUUUCUCAACACAUUAAAUUACAUUCUCAGUACAGCUCAUCUUAGAUCAUCCUGAGAUUUUAGAUCAUAACAAUCCUGAGGCGGUAACUGUCUAUACACGAGUUGGGAGACACAAAGAAAGUAUGCCAUAUAUUGUAAAUACCUCAGGGUGAUCUUAUUAAACCAUAUCUUUGUGAAUUCAUUCCAUGGCAGAAAGACAAGAUACACAAUGUCUAAAAAACUGGCUUUGUAGGCAGAGCCAGGACAAGCUGAAAUUCCUCAAAGGCUCCUGUAAAAAGAGAAAAAGAGACAGGGGAGGGACAUCACUUGGAUGUUUUGACGUUCUGGGGAAGCAUGUUGGAACGACAAAAGACGGAAUGUAGUUUUUCAGUUCUUCGUUUAGUUUGCUUCAUCCUGAGAGGUCAUUCAUGUCUUGUUUGGCCUGUAGCAUGCAGCCGUGGCAUAGCCAGACCUCACACAAACACAUUCCUGGUACUGGGUGUGUUUGAGGACAAAAAUACAUGAUGAAAACUCUUUCCCUGCUCCCAAAGAAACUCUACCAGUUUACCCUCAGGAAGUCUGAAAGCAGCGUAUUUUAAAGAAUUGUUCAUUUCUUACUUUGGGACGUGCUGUUAGCGGAAAAUAAUCAAGGAUGGGGUGAUGUGUCUGGCUAUUAUCAUCUGGAACUUGAUUAUUUUCCAUUAGCAGAACAACUUGAAAAGUUUUAUUCCUCUUAUACCACAGUAAUUUGCUGAUUACGAUGUUUACUGUAUUAAUGAAUGACACUUUGUACUUUUUAAUCAUUUACUGUUACGUUUAAUUCUGUGGAACAUCCACAAAACAAGUUGGUUUAACUUAUGUUAUAGCAGCUAUAAACAGUCAUACCAUUAACGAGCUCUCUUUUUUCUCUCUUUUAAAGUCAGUAAAAGAAAAAAAUGCAACUGUCGUGUUACAGAGAGACCAGAAAACUUUCCUAUGAUGGAAAACUUACUGAUACUGGAGACCCCAUCCAUAAAUGAUAAAUAAACAUCUCCUUACAGGAAGCUUUACCAUAUCAAAAAUUAUGGGUUUUUGCUUUGUUAAAUUACAUGUCUUAAUUUGUUUAUUAUUAGUCUUGGUUUAUGUGGAGGAUCUGUCAUACAAGUCAGUGUGAAUCAGUUGUUACCUCUGAAAAGAUAACAUAUUAGAACCAGUGCAUUAAUGUAAAUCUAUGAUUUGAAUUACAGCCAGCACUAAUGUCAGAGUUGCUGUUAUUCAGUAGAAAAUGAACACCACCUGACCAAUCAAAAUUGGGAAUAGCUCUGUGCUUUAAAACUGUAAUAAUGUUGCGUAUUUUGGUGUUUCAUUUGAUCUGGGAAUUCUGAUUCUGCUCAUAAAGGCAGUGCUAAUUAGACAUUUGAUUUGGCCACGUUGAUUUGGCCCUCCAUGGCUGGACACUGAUUUAAAGCAGGGUCUCUUCUCAGGCAUGUGGUCAGGCUCAGUAGAUUCAGAUAUUACAGACAUGCAGUAUAACUGAUAUUCCACACCCAAGUGCCAGCUGCAUUGCUGAUUAAAGCGCAACUGUCCUUUGCCUGGCAGAUCAUUAUAACCAAUUGUUGCCAAGGACAAGCUUAUUAUAACCAAACACAAUCAUAUGUGUACUUAAUAUGAAAAAGCACCAAGCAUCAACAUAUUUGGAAUUGCUACUAGCCAAGGAAAGUGCCUUUCUACUCACUCACUCAGGAGAUGUUUGAAGGUAACAUUCAAGGAACUAAACACUGGCACUGGCAUUAAGAUGGCAAAGCCAAAUGAUUGUGGUAGUGAUAUACUUGUUAAAGUGCCUAAUAUAGUAUCAACCAGAUAUUAAGUUUUCUUGGCCAAGCAACAUGGAAUAGAUUAUCAGCUUAUCAAUUAUUUGACAUAUAAAAUUUGUUGGAUUUGUUGGAUCUACUUAAAUCAAUAAGAUUUGAAUAGGGUCAUUGUGGUUAUACAAAGUCACUUCAGGUGGAUAUAAAUAUUUCUGUUUUAGGUUUCUGUUGUGAGUGUGAGGAACAGAGGUGUGUGGAGGCAUGAUGAGGUGUCUGAUCCUCAGUCUGCUCUAUUUGGCUCUCACAGAAGGACUCAUCAGUUAAGAGAAAAAGAGGCUUUGUUGAAAAGAGCCAUUAUGAUCUCAUUAAGGAUGUACUGAAGUAUGCAUAGUACAGUGAGAGACACAGAGAACGUUUACACAGAAGACCUGGUCAACCAACUGAAUGUAUGAUUAAUAAUUACUGAAAAUGGUGUCCUUUUCUCAAUCUUAAAAUGGUAGCGUUUGGGACAAAUAUUUCAUUUGUCUCAUUUUUUAUAAUCCAAUCUCAUUUUUUUAAUGAAUUUAACAGUGCUCAUAAAGCUGCCCAGGUGUCUGGCUGUUUUUCUUAACAACAUGCACCUGCACAUUUAAUACAGGAUUAAGUGACACUCCACCUGACCUACAUACUUCAAGUCUCAGAAGUGUGUGUGUGGUCUUCCAUCAGCUCAUGAUUCCUAUCACUGUCAUUCACAGCUGGCCUACUUCGGAAUGAUUAGUGUAGGAACCCCGCUGCAGUACUUCUAUGUCCACUUUGACACCAUGCUCCAGCACUUUCUGGGUCAACUACGACUCUGUCUACUACAAGAAUAGAGCCUCCUGUGAGUAACAUAAAGCAGCAACGAUGAUAGUUAUUUGAAAAAUUCUGGAGAACCAUGCAACGAGAAAUCUGACCAUGCAACAGAAAAACUUUUAAGAACAAUGCAUCACUUUGUUCUCUUGUAUAAACUAGGAUUAAAAGUACAGUUGGAGGCACUAAAUAAAUUACACUGUGUUAUGUAGUGAAUGUAAAGUAUGUCUUGGAGUUGAAUGGCAUUUAGGCAACAUGUCUACCAAAGACAGCCAGUCUUCGUAUGAUUAAUACCUCCAGUUCAAGUUACACAUGUAUAGUGUGACUCUAUAUACUGGGAUCUGGAUAACAAUAUAAUAAGUGCUUUAGUUACACAUAACACACUUGUGCAUUCCCAUAGAAUUUUACUGAUCUAAAUUUAGUCUCAAACUAGCAAAGCAUCUGCUAUACACUGUAGAGCACUUUAUUAGCAACAAUACACUAAUACUGGGUAGGGCCUCUCUCAAAACAGUCUCAAUUCUUCGUGGCAUGGAUUCCACAAGAUGUUGGAAACAUUCCUUUGAGAUUUGGGUCCAUGUUGACAUGAAUGAGAUUUUUCAGGCACACUUUCAAGCUGCGAAUCUCUUGUUCUACCACAUCCCAAAGGUGUUCUAUUGGAUUCAGAUCCACUGACUGGGAAGGCCACUGAAGAACACUGAACUCAUUGUCAUGUCCAUAAAACCAGUUUGAGAUGACUUUUGCUUUGUGACAUAAUGCAUUCAUGCUGGAAGUAGCCACUGGAAGAUGGAUAAAUUGUGGCCAUUAAGGGAUGCACAUUGUCAGCAACAAUACUCAAAUAGGCUGUGGAAUUCAAGCGACGAUUGAUUGGUAUUAACGGGCCCAAAGUGUGCCGAGGAUACAUUCCUCACACCAUUACACCACCUUCACCAGGCUGGACUGUUGACACAAGGCAGGUUGGGUCCAUGGAUUCGUGCUGUUGGCACAAAAUUCUGACCCUCCCAUUUGUGUGCCUCAGUAGAAACCAAGAUUCAUCAGACCAGGCUUCGUUUUUCCAGUCUUCAACUGCCCAGUUUUGGUGAGCCUCUGCCCACUGUGGCCUCAGCUUUCUGUUCUUGGCUUACAGAAGUGGAACCCGACAUAGUCUUCUGCUGUUCUAGCCCAUCCACCUCAAAGUUCAAUGUGUUGUGCAUUCUGAGAUGCUUUUCUGCUCACCACAAUUGUACAGAGUGGUUAUCUGAGUUGCUGUAGCCUUUCUGUCAGCUCGAACCAGUCUGGCCACUCUCCAUUGACCUCUCUCAUCAACAAGGUGUUUCCUACUGCAGAACUGCCACUCACUGGAUGUGUUUUCUUUAUUACACCAUUCUGAGAAAACUCUAGAGACUGUUGUGUGUGAAAAUCCCAGGAGAUCAGUAGUUAUAGAAAUACUCAAACCAGCCCACCUGGCACCAACAUGCCACAGUUAAAAUCACUGAGAUCACAUUUUUUCCUCAUUCUGAUGGUUGAUGUGAAAAUUACCUGAAGCUGCUGGCCUGUAUCUGCAUGAUUUUAUGCAUUGCACUGCUGCCACAUGAUUGGCCAACUAUAUAAUUUUAUGAAUGUGUAGGUGUGCAGGUGUUCCUAAUAAAGUGAUCUGUGAGUGUAUAUUACAGAUUUAGCUGGCCACAAGGUUCCAUGUAUACUCUGGGUUUAAUGCAACACCCCUAUCAGUAUCUCUCUUUAGUCCUCCAAAUAUCCAUAUCUGUAUCUAUAUGUGUUUUUGUAUUUAAACCUGAAGUGGGAAUGGCCUAAAUAGGAUUUAUUAUUAUUAUUAUUAUUAUUAUUAAAUAUGAACCUACCACUAGAAAUUCCCAUUUAUACCACUGGAAAAUACUGGGAAAAACCUCAGAGGUAGAAAUGCCAGAACUUCUCACAUGAUGUGUGAAUUCUGGCUAUGACAGUUCCUCAACCUCAGCCACAUCACUCAUGUUCAUAGUUGGUUCUCAACUAGCAUGCCCAUAGGCUGGUGUGAGGAGGGCUGUUCUGCUAUAGUGGAUACUGGAAUGUCCAUGCUGGAAUGCUUAACGCAAUAUGUCAACUCUCUCAACACAAUGCUAGGAGCCCACAAAGACCAAAAUGUAAAUUUAAAUCAGUGUUGAUUAACUGAGUCAACUAGAUCAGCCUCUUUAUUAGCUGAUAAAUGUUAUACUUCACUUCCCUGCACUAUGAUUUUAGUAUGAGUUUGUAUGUAGUGAGGUGAGCAGCCUUCCCACACUGACAUUUGUCAUGAAAGGAGCUCACCUGCACCUGCCAGCCUCUGCAUGCGUGCUUCAGGUAUGUGUGAAGGACAGUAAACUCCUCUUUGUUCCUUAUACAAUAGCAGUUAAUCACUAAUAGACAACUGAUAUUGCUGAAAUCAGCGUGUCAGUAAUAUCACAUGUAUGACAAAUGUCCUUUUUCUGAUCAUACAGAAACAUUUCAGCUGGUCUCACUGCCAAAGUGGGAUCGAAGCAUCUCAUGAAAAGUACAGAAAUGGUCAUCCUUAUUAGAUCUUGGGUGAUGUUUUCCUCAAGAACUUCUACUCUGUGUUUGAUCAGGGGAGGGCUAGAGUGGCCUUUGUCACUUUGGCUUAAAAGAACGAUACAAGCAUUAAAUAAUAACCCAUAUCACCCGUCAGAAUAAUCCCAUUAGGAAAACAUGCUGUUUACACUCUACAUAAAUCUAAAACCAUCAAUAAGAAUACAUAGCUAAUCAGGUCAGUGCCGAAAUGACAAAAUGUCUUGUUAGAAUUAUUCACAAAAAUCAUCAGUUAAAAGUAUAUAAAAAAUAUAGAAAAUAUUAUAGCAAAAAGUUUUGAAAAAUAUUAAAUUAAUUAAAAACUUAGCAUAUCUUCUGUCUGCCUUGUGUCUCCCUCACUCCCUCAGGCUACACUUUCACUAUAUUGAAUUUUAUCUGACUAUUGAACGUUAAUGGUAUCCUUGUUGUCUGACAAAAUGACUCAAGCUGCAGUACCAUUAAACUGCUGCCUCCUUGCCACCUGACAGCACAAGAGUCCCUGGUUUGAUCCUGAACUGCCUUGCAAAAACAUGCUGGUAGGUGCAAUGGUGAGUGCAAAUUGCCCCUAGUGUGAUUGUAUGUGCAUGGUGCCCUGCAAUGGGUCCAUCCAGGGUGUAUUCACAACUCAUGACUCGCUGCGUUCCCGGUAUAGGCUCCAGAUCCACUGCAGCGCUGACCAGGAUAAAGUAAUUACUGAAGAUGAGUGAAUGAAUAUAAUUUAUAUAAUUUAGAAUUUGCUAAAAUUAUACUUUUAUUUAGAGGUAAUGAUAACAUUAUUAAUAAGAAUUAUUAACUGAAAGACAGAAAUUCAAGACUAAAACACACGCAUCUGAUCUUGUCAAUUUACCUACAAGAAUUUAUGUAACACCAAAAAGAGUUUAAACACAGCAUAUGCUUCACCUUACAAGAAGUUUAUGAAUAUAUACAUUUUAAAAUUGGUACUGUUAAUAAACAUAUAGUUUCUGAUUGCAUAAGGAGUUUUUCUCUUAUUUCUCAUAUGUGGUUGAUAAUUGCCUUUAUUAGUCAUCCCUUCAUUAUAAAAAUAAUAACUACAGAGUUUGGAACAAUAACUAAACUUAUACUUUUAUGCAGUAUGCUUGUAAAAUGAAACCCUGAUUGCAGAAAAUUUAGCUGUAAAUUUGUAAAUAAAUGAACUGAAGUUCUUGACCUGUAUCUGCAUAAUUUUAUGCAUUGUGCUGCUGCCACAUAAUUGGCAGAUUAGAUACUUGCAUGAAUGUGCAAGUGUACAGGUGUUCCUAAUAAAGUAGAUGGUGAGUGUAUGUAUGUAUGUAUGUAUGUAUACACACUAGACACAUUCAGCCUGCUGAAACCUAUAAAAGCAUACAGAAAGUCCCAGAGUUGUAAGCCAGGCGAUUGAUGUCUGCAUUGCAUUACCUUGCAUUACCUUAAUUCUUAGACUUUUCUCACAGUCCUCUGAGACCUGUUACUUCAACAAAAAUGUCUAAAAAAUUCAUUUUCCCCAGAAUUUAGAUAUGUGCAAGGCAAUCCUUUCACAAACAGUAUGAUCGAGUUGGAAAAAACUGAUCUGUCUCAGCUUGUUACAACAUUUGGUGUUAAAUGGAAAGGAAAAAAAAAAAGUUAGGGGCUUUCUUCCUGUGUGUAUUCAGAGUAAAUGCAGCAUGUCAAAGAGGGGAUUUAUUACCACCCCGAAGAAAGAAAACUUCUCACAAACAUGAAAACGCUGAUGUCUGACAUGGACAGCGCAAUCUGGCCAUGCUUUUCUGUACCACUAAUUACUCUUCCUUUCCUCUGAGAAAUGCCACUAGAGACAGAUGAUCAGAAACAAAAACAAAGCAAUGUAUCAGUCAAAAUGUGAUUCACCCUAUGAGGCUUCUGCUCCCUGUCCAUCUCUGUGAUGAGCUUGGAGAAGUGACAAAGACAGAAGAACGAGUCUUCAUAGGAGUUUCUGGUUGCCAAGUGCAAAAGAGACAAUUCCUUUGCCAAGUAUUAUUAAACAGACAAAAAAAUCCCCCAGUAGAAAAGUGUCAACAGAAAGGCAACAUAAAGGCCACAUUCAUCAGAGCACAAAGGCACAGAGCUGGACGGAAGCAGCUGAAGUGAGCAUAUUAUGUCCAUCCUAUGCUCAUGAAACAGACUAAAGCCAAAGGUGUUUAAGUCGACCAGCCCUUGUUCUCUUACAUAAAGAAUGCACACAACCGGAACUCUGGGAAAAAUACAGUGGCCCUCAUGCUUAAUCUGUCAUGCACACUGUGAUUUCAUCCUCAAAGCCCAGCCCGCUGAAUUAAAGUAGCAUUAAGUGACUGCAGUAAUGUCUUUUGUACCCCAUUAUCUUCUGUUGACAGAGGCUUUGUGAAAGGGGUUCUGCAUCAGUGGCUCUGCAAUGUCGUGAAAGCAAACCACUGAAAGGCCUAUCCCAUUCAGGAACUGCUGCCUUAGACAUUCCGUUGCACAACCAUCCCAAAACUGAGCAUGGUAGGUCAUUCUUGUCUUUUUUUGGUGAAAGAAAGCAAGUAUGUUAAUCCAUAACUCAAAUUUCAACACCACUUUAAAUAUCAGAUAAUCAUGACAGUUGCCAGCCUAUAAUCUUCUGUUACUCAAGUCAAGAGCUGUCGAUGGUGAGUUGGGAAAAUUAGAUCUACUGUCUGACUUGGGUCACUGUAAAGUCAGAAACCUGAUGCGCACAGUUUUUUUGUGCUGUUGCUCAUGCUACUUACUGCAGUCUCUGAGCAGCUUAAACCUCACUCUGUAAUAUGUAACUGUAGGCAAGAAUCUUUCCUGCUUCUCCUCUGAAAGGCAGCGAGGGCUUAUAGGAUUUAACAGAUGAGUUAAUGAAAGAGUAUCUCAUGUCUAUUCUACUGCAACUUCUUUUUUUAUUCCAAAAUGGACAAAUGGUGACACACAGAGGAUUUGAAUUUCUUUUUACAAUAGAGCUUGAAUGAACUCUAGAAGGAAGUAAGACAAACUUGGAACUGAAGAAAGAGACUUUAGCAAAGCAGGUACAGAAGACAUUUAGAUCAACCUUACAACACAAACAGACUCUUGUUUUGUCUUCUUUUGAAUCCCAAAAGCCAUGAGCAGACAUUUCUCCUAAGCUCCAUAUCACAUUCUGUGUAUCUUCUCCUCUUUGCUCUCUGUCUAAAUGACUAGCUACAUGUAUUUUGGGUCAAAUGUCCAAACAACAAAUCUGUUCCAAUAUCAAAUGUCUUCUAGUUUACUCAUGUUCUCACUGAGUUGCCCCACUUUUGAUGGCCAUAUUCAUGGGGCAAACUAAUAAAAAAAACAGCCCUAUUCAGCCUCUGAAUACUUCACAAAAGCACAAAGGCAUUUGUCAUAGAUAUGAUACAUUCUUUUACUUAUCUGGACAACUAAAAUGAUUUGGGAUUUCAAACAAAGACAAUAGCAAUCGUGGCUGUAGAUUUGUCUUGAAAGUUGAUAGGGACACAAAGGGAAGUUGCCCAGUGUCAAUGACACAUGAUUGACAUAGGUACCUUUCUAUAUUUGCUCACAGAUACAGGCUGGUGAGGUAGAUGGGUUGUUGUUGGUAAGGUAGCUAGCUAUUAGCUUUGUUACCGUGCUAAAAAUAACACUAAUUUCAAUUAGCAUUUGCUAGCCAUAUCCCAUAGCUAAACUGUUUGGACUUACUUCAAGACACACUUUUCAAGUCAAUGCAUAACGCUAACUUCAUAUAUUAAAUGGAUAGAUAGAUAAUUCACUUACUUAAGGUAUAAGUGAGAUAGACAUACUUAAAUGUAAUGCUCAACAGUCAUCCUGAUCAGUGUCACUAUGGUUUAAAUGAAUAAUUUACUUACUGUAAGUUUGGUAGAAUAUAUUGUGGGCAUUUGCAAAUGUACUAACUGCUGAAAUGGAUGGGAUUGGUCAAACUUUCUGCAAGAGCAGGUGGGAUUAGUCAAAAGUGUCUGUGGGAGUGGGUGGGAUUGGUGAGAAUUUCUUCAGGACCUGGCAGGAAUGGGAUUAAAAAACAGUCCUGCACACACCUCUAGUUCAAACUAGCUUCUAGCUUCUGACUCAAGCACGUGAUGGUUACAUGGCUGUAACCCUUCUAGUCUAUGAGGUAAUGGAGACUACCUCUGCUAUAAUGUGAAUUGAGGUGUAGGUGGGUAGUCCUUAUCGAUCCAGAGGUGGUGAACCAACAGGAGACAGCUCAUCCAGGGGUCCAAGAACUAGGGGUUUCGUGAAAGAGACAUGGAAACUAGGUGACAUAUGAUAUUGUCUGGGUAAUUGUAGUUAGUGGGCAUGGCAUUCCAGUGGAGGCUCAAAUAGAGUGAGCUGAGUGGCUGCAUAAGUGAGUGAGUUUUGUAUAUACUUAAAACUUGUAAGAAGCCCAUGGUAAGACCAUUCCACUGGGUGGUCUGCACAGAAAGUCUGAAGGAAUCUGACAAUUUCCUGGUUGGCCCUUUCUACUUUUGCUUGCAGAUGGUAAUCUGAGGUGAGACUAAUGGGCGCCCCCAACUUUUCUUGACUUUCAUACUAGGGAUGUGAACUGGGGCCCAUGUAGCAUGUCUGGGUGUGAGUCUCUUGGUGGUACCUUGAUCCAAUGUCAAAAAAACAAACAAACAAAAAAAAAACUGGUCAUGAGACCAUACAACUAUUCUUCCACUAUUCCAAAUGGCUGUAGCCCAAACUAGCCUUGCUUGUGAGCAAUAAGAUGAAAAGGGCAUUAUGAAAUAUGAUGCUUUCAGAGGAGAAAUACGGCAAAUAUUGCAAAAAACCCUUACACUUGCAUGGGCAUAUUUAUCAGGUGGCAUAGAGAGCUGCAGGAGAUAACCCUAGCAGCUGGAGAAAAUUAGACAAUUUAGAGAGCUGUUGUUGUACAGUAUAAUAAAGAGCUGUUUUUGUUGCUCUCCAGCAACCUGCCUCAUCUUAGAUAUGCCCUGUUUCAACUCAUCAUGCUGCAUGCAUGGUAAUGAUGAAGGAUUCUGUCAUGACUACCCACACAUUUUAUUAAUAAAAAAACAAGUACAGUGAUCAAAACCAUAGGGCAAGGCAUAAUGAAAAACUGGAAAGUGGCAAAAGGUCAGGCAAUGUAAAAACAGUGUUAACCAUGGAAAAAUCCAUGGGCAAAAUACAAAACUAAAGUCCAACAGUAGAAUAUACCGGUACAAGCAAUAAGAGUCAGUGAUGUCACAAGUGCUGGUGUGGGACUUCACAAAUGGUGAAUGCACUCUUUAUACAGAGAAAUAGCUGGGACACUUGAACCUUGGAUGGUUAACAUCAUAUUUAAGCACAGCUGAUUAACAUUAUGAUGCAAUCACUAUACAAAAAUACCAUGCAAUAUCAAUUAACAUUAUUUUGUGCAAUAACAUUUUUGCACAGUACUUGCACUGUAAUAGUUUUCAUAAAAGUUUACUGAAGUCAUUAUUAUGAUUCCAUAUUUUUUCAUCCCAAAUAUUAAAUAAAUGCUCCCUUAGUUUGUUUAAUUGUAUUUUAUUGGCUACCCGCUGCUAUGGUGAGAAACAUAUUUAACCAAUCAGUAUCAUGCAUUUUCCCCAUUUCUGUUUGAAAGCCAGCUAACUACACUCUUAGCCCAGGAAUAUCUAGGUGAUGGCCAGUAAAGAUAAAGAAUGGUGGAUCUGGUUUUAUAAGAUAAAAUGUCAUUCCACAUUCCUCUGAUUGGUUGAAGGUGAGCGUAAUCAAAAGUCUGGCAACCUUGUCUGUGAAUAGAUUGAUUAACAGUCUUGACAAUACCGUUAGCCAGGAAUUGUGUAAAGUGUAGUGUUUACUUUGCUGCUGUUUGCUCUGCUCUGCUGUCUCUGAGGCAGACAUGGUUGCUGACCUGACAGUCCCAUCUUUGAAGGUCUAUAUUACUUUAUAAUAGAAUAAAUUGUUAUUUUUCAUGUACUUUUUGGAUCAGCCUAACAGCACUGCUGAAAAGUGGAUCAUUCUCGAAGCAGCUGGUGUUCCACGUCAACUAAAAUUCUCAACCUCUGUCAGGGUCACAUAAACACA